AUGAAUAGUGGUUUAUUGAAUACUAUUCUUCUGUACAUAAGUAUUGAUGUGAGCAAAGCGUGUGUAUCAUCUGGAAUUUGCACUGGUGGGUACGGAUGUGAAACAAACGUGGCACCUACGUGUGUUGGUGGAUGCGCAUUUGGAUAUACAUGUGGACAGUAUGGUUGUUACUCAAAAGCACGUGCGAGAUCUUCCAAAACUUUUGCCUUUCAUCCUCAAACUAAUGAACAUUUUUAUGAUACAAAGCAAGAAGGAUUAACAUCUGAGCAAUUAGCUGAUGAAAUGUUCCAUGAUUGUUGUCUUGAUCAACAUCUUCCAGAUAGUUGCUUACAGAAAUGCUCAUUUAAAACUUAUACAAAGAAUAAUUUGCAGGCAAUUUACUUACAUUUGGAUGAUUGUCCAUUGAAAGCAAUUGCUGCUAUAACAUACUGUGCAGCUCGUGGAAUAGAUCAUACGCCGUGUUGCAUAGAAAAUGGAGUUGCGAGAACAAUUGCAGGGUCAAAAUGUCUUGUACUUUGUGACCAGAGAUCGGGAAAUGUAACAGAGUUAAACUUGUCUUACUUGCCUUGUUUUGAACGAUUCAACGAUAUUAAAAGUUGCUUUAUGGAGUACAGUAAUUCCAAAUAUCAGUCAGUAAAUACCGAUGCAAUGCCUGUUGUACAAAGAUUUGGGUCAUAA